ACAUGUUGCUCCAGAAAACAAAUCCCCCAAACUUUAAUGUCCUCUUCAACGCCAUUGAAUUUUCUGAGCCUCUCAUUACAUUUGGACAACCCAAUAAUUCUCAUCCCAUGUUGCCUCAAACCACACCACUUUCACAGCAAAGUUCUCAACAUUGCCAUCCAAACUAUUCUCUGGAUAAUGUUACCUAUACAAAAUUGAUCCAGUACUCUACCAAAACUGGGUCUUUAGUCCACGGCAAGCUUGCUCACGUCCACAUGGUGAAAACUUGUUUUAAGCCCUGCCUGUUUUUGUUGAACAAUCUUCUUAAUAUGUACUGCAAGCGUGGAGAAUUGGAUAGUGCAUGCAAUUUGUUUGAUAAAAUGCCGAAGCGUAAUGUCAUUUCAUACAACUCCUUGAUUUCUGGAUAUACCCAGGUGGGUUUGUUUGAUAAGGCAAUGGGUGUGUUUAAUGAGGCAAGAAUGGCUGGUUUGAAACUUGAUAAGUUUACCUAUGCGGGUGCUUUGUGUGUGUGCGGUCAAACUUGUGACGUUGAGCUAGGUAAGCUGGUUCAUGGCUUAAUAGUCCUUAGUGGGUUGGGCUCAGAUGUUGUUUUGACCAAUUCUCUUAUGGAUAUGUACUCAAAGUGCGGCCGGGUUGAUCAUGCCAAGAUUUUGUUUGAGAAUUCUGAUAACUUGGAUGAUGUCUCAUGGAAUUCCUUGAUUGCUAGUUAUGCUCGAAUUGGUGCUAACGAGGAAACAUUGAGAACUCUGGUGAAAAUGCAUCAACGUGGUUUCAGCUUGAAUACAUAUACAUUGGGAAGUGCCCUUAAGGCAUGCUGCAAAAAUUUUGAUAAUUCAGAACUGUUUGGGAAAUUACUUCAUGGCUACAUGGUCAAAUUGGGGUUGGACUUGGAUGUUGUUGUUGGCACAGCAUUGCUUGAUAUGUAUGCAAAGACCGGUGAUUUAGGUGAUGCGAUUCAAAUAUUCAAAGUCAUGCCUUACCGUAAUGUUGUAAUGUAUAAUGCCAUGAUUGCUGGGUUCCUCCAAAUAGAUACGUUUUCUUAUGAGCAUGCAAAAGAAGUGUUCAAUCUUCUUUCUCAGAUGCAAAGGCUAGGAGUUAAGCCCUCAACAUUUACUUUCUCAAUAAUACUUAGAGCUUGUAAGUCGGUUGAAGCUUUUGAGUAUGGGAAGCAAGUUCACACUCAAGUCUGCAAGUACAACCUGCAGGGAGAUGAAUUCAUUGGAAGUGGACUUAUCGAUUUCUACUUUUCAUUGGGUUUAUUUGAGGAUGCUUUGAAAUGCUUUAACUUAACUCCUAGGCUAGAUAUUGUCUCAUGGACAUCCAUGGUUGCAGGUUAUAUUCAAAAUGGGGAAACUGAAAGUGCAUUUGAUUUAUUCUAUAAACUCUUGGCAUCUGGAAAGAAGCCUGAUGAAUUCAUAAUAUCGAGCAUGUUGGGUGCAUGUGCUAAUUUGGCUGCAGCACGGUCUGGAGAGCAGAUCCAAGGAUAUGCUGUAAAAGCUGGCGUCGGGAAAUUCACUAUUGUUCAAAAUUCACAGAUUUGCAUGUAUGCAAAAUCUGGAGACAUUGAUUCUGCUAAUUUGACCUUUACAGAGACAGAGAAUCCUGAUGUGGUGUCCUGGUCCGUAAUGAUCUGUAGCAAAGCGCAACAUGGAUGUGCAUGGGAAGCCUUGGAACUUUUUGAGUUGAUGAAGAAUUGUGGAAUUGCACCCAACCACAUCACGUUUCUUGGAGUUCUGACAGCAUGCAGUCAUGGAGGGCUUGUAGAAGAAGGUUUACGAUAUUUUGAAAUCAUGAAGAAUGAUUAUGGCAUGACAACCAAUGUACAGCACUGUGCCUGCGCUGUUGAUCUCCUGGGUCGUGCUGGAAGGCUAGUGGAUGCUGAAAAUUUCAUUUUCAACUCAGGUUUUGAGGACAAUCCAGUUAUGUGGCGAGCCUUGUUGAGUGCUUGCAGGGUUUAUAAGGACACUGUUGCUGCAAAACGUGUUGCAGAGAAACUAAUUAAUCUUGAACCUCAGGCUGCUGCAUCUUAUGUUCUUCUGUACAACAUUUACAAUGAUGCUGGCAUAGAGUUACCAGCCAAAAAGAUCAGGGAGUUGAUGACAGAUCGAGGAGUUAAGAAGGAACCUGGUCUAAGUUGGAUAGAGGUAGGAAACAAAGUUCAUUCUUUUGUUAGUGGUGAUCAAUCUCACCAAAUGAUCCAAUUAAUUUAUGUUCGGUUGGAAGAAAUGUUGGGUAAGAUGAAGAAAAUAGGUUGUAUGAUGACUUCUGGACCUGAAAUCAAGGACAGAAAAGUGGUACACUACCACAGUGAAAUGUUAGCUGUAACUUUUGGAAUAAUCAGCUUGCCACAAUCAGCUCCAGUGAGGGUGAUGAAGAACUUGAGAGUCUGCUCUGAUUGCCAUACAACAAUGAAGCUCUUCUCAGAGGUGGAAAAAAGAGAAAUAAUCCUAAGAGAUCCAAUUCGUUUUCAUCAUUUCAGAGAUGGUGCUUGUUCUUGUAGAGAUUACUGGUAGCCGCAUUCAGAAUGUAUUGAGAUUACAUUCUUGGAUAAAUGCUCUCUUGUGGUCAUCUGGAUUCUGGAGACAAAUCUUUUCUCUACAUAUUUAAUAGGAAGUACAAGAGUCCUUCAGUCAAAAGAAUUAGAAUAGCUGGAUCCUUUUUGGAAGAUGGUACAUGAGAUAACAUUAAAUAGGAAGCUAAAAAGAGUCUGCUAUGAAAAACCAGUUUUGCUCCCUCUGUACACCAGUUUGGACUUAUCUGUACGCCGGAUGAUCAAGUAUGUCAAAGGAGUCAGCCCUUUCAUUUAUGAUCGGGAAUGCUAGGUAGAGAUGCAAUUGGUGGACUUCUUGGUAGAGAAGCAAUUGACCUUGGAACUGUCUCAUCUAUGUCAGGUAACUUUUACUCCUAUGAGAUUAAGAUGGUGAAAAGGAGGGUCCAAACUCUUUAUAACAACAGUUGGACAUAUUCACAGUCGU